CUUGUUGUCGGCACCUAUUUUUUUUUAUUGAAAUAGUCGAACAACCAAGUAGUCAAAAGUUAUAAACAAGUUUCUUCUUUUUUGUAGUUCUCAAUAAACAUGUGUCAUGGCUCUUCAUAUUAUGCAGGACCUUGUUGUAUAGUUCUCUAGUCAGCAUUAGAGCAGUGUGUUUUGAUGCUUCUCGCACAGCAAGUUAUUCGCCGGAAAAUCGGGCUGCUCUUACUAGACGUGGAUGUCAGCUGUCUGGCGGUCGAUCAUUUGCUGCAGGGAUCGGUGACCAAUUUGUGUUGCGCUAAGUAUAUUCAAACCACUGCGUUCGUAGAUGGGACUGUGAAUCCUUAUGUACACUAAUGCUACUUUGUAUGUAAUCUAUUUCGUAACGCGUCUUGCUUACACUGUCACCGAAAAUCUGACUCUGAGCGGAUCUAAUCAUCUGCGGUUGGAAACGUCGGGCUCCAGAUAGUGCCAGUACGUAGUUCAUACACAGACGUUAACAUGCUGCUUUCUCAGCUUUCAGAUGCAAGAGUAAGCCGCCAAAGGACGUCCGGCCUCACUUCUCCAACCAACCCGGCUAGCAAGAAUGCAUUUGCCUUUAACAAAAACUACAAUUCAGCUUACCCCUUUAGCGGCUAACAAUCAGCCAUAGAGUAACCGCUGCCCACAAACAGAUUUAGCAAAUUUCGAAGUGCGGUACAAAGGAGUGCAUGCCAUCUGCUCGACGUUACAGCCAUCGGCUGCACAAGCCUGCUUAUCCCUUCGAAGACGUUGCGAGACUUCGUCGGGAAUUUUUAGGAGGUCCUUUUCGAGGGCUUCUUGAAAACAAUUGCGAUGGGCGACGGAUGGGCCUUGUUUGUCCUAUCGAGCUCCAUGUUCGUUGGGUGCUACCUCAGCGGAUUGAUACCCGUGUCAAUGAAGUUGUCAGAAGACAAGAUCAAUGUCGUAUCAAUUCUUGGAGCAGGUUUGCUGGUCGGAACCGCGCUAACCGUCAUCAUACCUGAAGGCGUAUCAACGCUGUAUUUGUCUCGUCUGGAAAAAGCGCAUACCGACCACCAUCAGGAAGUGGCUACUGAAGCUAGGCAUUCAGGGCAUCACCAUGAAGCACAUCAUUUCGAUGAUCCUCACUCACUUAUUGGAAUCACACUUGUGAUAGGUUUCGUGUUUAUGCUAUUAGUAGACCAGUGCAGUAAAAGAGGCAAGAGUUCCGAGGAGUUACUACCAACGGGACCGAAUAAAACAGGCGCUAUCAGCAUUUGGAAAACACGCCCGGCAACGGCAACGCUUGGACUCGUAGUUCACGCAGCAGCUGACGGAAUUGCCUUAGGAGCGGCUGCAACAACAACGCGUGCAGAAAUUGAGAUGAUUGUUUUCCUUGCCAUCAUGUUGCACAAGGCGCCCGCUGCCUUCGCUCUCGUGUCAUUUUUGCUUCAUGAAGGCCUCGAUCGUUCCACUAUCAAGAAGCAUCUCUUGCUAUUCUCCGCAGCCGCACCGAUACUUGCUAUAACAACGUACUUUGGUAUAAGUCAAAAUACCAAGGAGUCGAUGGCUUCAAUGAACGCUACCGGCAUUGCUAUGCUAUUCAGUGCAGGGACAUUCCUUUACGUGGCAACGGUGCAUGUCCUCCCGGAACUGGCGGCUUCAAAAGGUAACGUGCUCGGCAAUAAGCGACGCCGUUGUGUCUCACCAACAAUUCAAAGACGGCCCUCAUUUCUCGGAAAAUACCUUGGGAGGUUCUACCGAAGUGAAAGCUAUGAUUGGAAGCUACUAUCGGAAAAUUCUGCUUUCCUUUCUGAAAGGCUACCCAAUGUUCAAACAGUUAUGGACCUACACGAAAGACUAGAUCUUAGUGACGAGGGCAAUGGAGGACACUCGCAUCAUCUGGCAGAAUCAUCAGACGCGUCGGGCUUUACACGGAAAGAGCUCGUUCUCUUAGUUCUUGGUGCAAUGAUGCCCAGUUUCCUCUCGUUCGGGCAUCACCAUUAAGUUCUGAUUAUAUAAUAUUAUAUAUAUGAAAAGAAGAAUUGUAUGAUUUGUCGCUGUUUACACAGUUAGCUCUUUACUGGAGUUUCAAGAGAAAACAGGUGAUGUUGAAUGAAGAACUCUAGGAUUACGUGACCAUGUACAUAAUAGUGUAUCACUGCUUACUAUAAACUGCAACGAUGUGUGGUAGCGCAUGAGCGAAAAAAAUCCCUCACGUUCCUAACAGUACGUUUAGGGUUUUUUUUUUGUAUUUACCAAUGUGAUUAAGAAUGAUGAGUGUCAUGUAAAUACUGAAAUAAAUGUGUUGCGUGUUGAACAUUAAUCAAGUUUAGUCUUAUUUCACACCAUAUCCAUGUAAAACGAUGCCCAUGCACUGCUAAGAAGUUAUUGUCUGUUACAAACAUUAAAAAA